UAGCUUUCUAGUUUCAAACUACUGCACCAAAAAGUUGUUUCAUGCGCCCUCCAGGUGCUAUUCUUGCUCCUGGUGAGAGUAUCAUUGCAACUGUUUUCAAGUUUGUUGAACAUCCUGAGAACAAUGAAAAACCAAUGGACCAGAAGAGCAAUGUUAAGUUCAAAAUAAUGAGUCUGAAGGUGAAAGGGCCGAUGGAUUAUGUACCUGAGCUGUUUGAUGAACAAAAAGAUCAAGUAGCAAUGGAGCAAAUAUUGCGUGUUGUUUUUCUCGAUCCCGAGCGUCCUCAUCCAGCUCUAGAAAAACUCAAGCGCCAAUUAGCUGAUGCUGAUGCUGCACUUGAGGCACGCAAGAAACCUCCAGAAGAUGUGGGUCCAAAGAUAAUUGGGGAAGGACUUGUAAUUGAUGAAUGGAAAGAGCGGAGGGAAAGAUACCUUGCUCGACUCCAGGUUGAAGGUGUUGACUCAGCAUAGGAUGCCAGUUCUUCAGCGUGAUUGAUAGUUUAAACAAUCCGUUAUUAACUGAACCUUUCCAAUCGUUUCGUGUAACAUAAAAUUAUUUCUUCAAGGAAUCAUGUAGGAAUCUCCCAACAUUUUGACAUAAAAGGAAUGUGAAUCUGUGAUUUGAGACUAAAAUCCCUUUGCAUAGGUACUGUUUCUGUAGAUAAUGUAAUUUUGUUUAAUCUGUUAUCAACAAUAAACUUGGUUUUUUGUAUGCAAGUUUUUACCAAAUGGAUACCGGUUUGACUAGCAUUGUGAUGA